AUGUUGACUGCGCGGUUAUUCAGGAGAUCCAUGUCGCACUUCCGUGUUGUCGAGCAUACAGUCCGCUGUCAGAGUGUCCGAGAGCGUCUGGGUGCUGUCAAGCCGGGCCAUGAGAACCAGCUGAGACUCGCUGUGAAGCAGUAUAUCCCCAUUGACAAUCCAACUCCCGGAGAUGGCGAUGUCACGCUCAUUGGAGCCCAUGCAAAUGGAUUCCCAAAGGAGCUGUAUGAACCCUUGUGGGACGACAUAUACGAACGACUAUCAAGUCACAACCGCCGAAUCCGAUCCAUCUGGAUCGCAGACGUCGCCCAGCAAGGCCAAAGCGGCAUCCUCAAUGAAUCAAUUCUUGGGAACGACCCCGACUGGCACGACCAUUCCCGCGACCUGCUUUCCCUGAUAAACCAAUUCCAAGACCAAAUCCCCCAGCCUGUAGUCGGCAUCGGGCAUAGCAUGGGCGGGAUGCAACUAGCCCACCUCUCCCUAAUGCACCCAUCGCUAUUCAGCGCCCUCGUCCUGCUAGACCCGGUAAUCCAGCGCGAGAACCCAGGUCUCAAAUUCGCCCAAGCAUCCACAUACCGCCGCGAGAUCUGGCCAUCCCGCGAACAAGCCAUCCAGAAAUUCAAAUCAAGCCCAUUCUACCAAGCCUGGGAUCCUAGGGUAUUUGAGAAAUGGACGCAGUAUGGGCUUCGCAAUCUCCCGACACCGCUUUACCCUAGUACAGACGGCGAACCGGGACCGGAGGCUGUGACGUUAACGACAACAAAGGCCCAGGAGCUGUAUUUUUACAUGCGCCCCUCGUAUGUUGAUGCCAGGUCUGGUCUUCCGCGUGGAUUCCCGGAACAUGAAAUGCAUCCUGAUGAUAUUGACCCUUCUACACCCUUUUAUCGCCCUGAGCCGGCGCAGUUGCUGCGCAGGUUGCCGGAGAUUAAACCCGACGUGCUGUAUCUCUUCGGCGACAAGUCUGACCUCUCCUCGCCGGCUGCGCGAAGAGCGAAAGUGGAGACAACCGGCAGCGGCGUUGGUGGGAGUGGUGGUGUGGCGAAGGGCUCUGUGGAGGAGGUUGUCCUCCCGUGCGGCCAUCUGGUUCCGAUGGAGCUUGUGAGGGAGAGUGCAGAUGCCAGUGCGGACUUCAUUCAUUCUAGAGUGUUAGAGUGGGAGUCGAAGGUGAAGGGGUUUCAUGAGGCUUGGGGGAGGAUUCCGCAUCCAGAGCGGGUUAAGGUUGAUGGGCAGUGGGAGAAACAUAUUGGUGUUUCUAGGAAGCCUAAACUUUGA